AUGGCUCCAUGGGGCCGCGCCGCCGGCCCCGCCGUGCCCGCCGCCCCGCCGCGGCCAUCCCCGCGCUCGGGCGGCCGCGGCUCCGCGCUGCCUCCGCGGGAAGUGCCGGGGCAGCGGCGGCUGCGCCGCUAUUUAAGGGGCCGCCUGACGUCAGCGCCUCCCGGAGCCCCCGCGGCCGCUCGGCGGCCGCUGCCUCACCCGGGCCGGGCCGGGGGCACCGCCGCGCAGAGCCCUUCCUUCCUCCGGGACCGGGCUGCCAGGGGCUGCGGCGGCUUCGCUCCGCGCCGAGUCCUGCUCUGCCGGGCCCUGGUCCCGGUGCGAUCGUCCGAUCCCCGCCGCGCCGCCGGGGCCGGAGGCUCCCGCUGUCCUGCCCGACUCUGCCCCGUCCUGCUCCCGCAGCCAUCCCUGAACCGCCCGGAGCAACGGUGCGGGGCCGGGGCCACCCGCCUCCGCUCCCGCGGCCGGACCGAGAGCGGCACCUGCCGCAGUCCCGCAGGCCCCGCCCGGGAAAGGGAACCGGCACCCGAGCGGGGUGAGCGGCCCCCGCCCGGGAGCAGGGACCGGCACCGGCACCGGAGUGGUUCGAGCAGCCCCCGUCCGCAAGCGGCAGCCGGGGCUCGGGGCACGGCCGGUCCCCGGGACUCCCCUGCCCGGUGCCGGAGCCGCAACCAGCAGCCCCCGCGGGGAGCGCGGCGGGGCCGCCCCACGGCAGCAGCCGCUUCUGUCCUCGGCAAGGGCAGGAGGAGCAGCCAUCGGCCGCCGCGGUGCCGCCGCCCAGGCUUCCACUUGGCUGCUCCUCUUGAGCCAAAGGGCUGUGUGCGGCACCGCUUAGACAUUAACAACCAUCACUCCUGCUUUCUCAGCACUGGAAGCUUGUUCAGCUGCAGAAAACUACUUGUCUUGUUCCUUGGGAAGAAUGAUGGUAAUAGGGAGAGACAGGCAAGAAGUGCCAGCCCGACACAAACGAGGAUGCUGCAGGCUCCUGGCAGCCAGUCUAGGGCAGGAACAAGGUUUCCUCCUGUACAACACCCAGAACUCAGUGCAGAUGUAAGGAACGAUAGAGAAGAACUGAAAAGCUGUGCUGCCUGCAGCCUCUCAGCUGGGCUGGUGUUGGGAGCAGUGGCACUGCUCCUCCCUGGGAAUGGAGUUUCUUACAGAAGAAGGAGCCUACUGGCUCGGGAGAGCUUUGAAUCUAGAGGAUGGGCUGAGUCCUCAUGGGGCCAAACCUGAAUGACCAACAAGGGUUUUGCUAUUGGGACUUUGUGUCCACUGCUCUGUGUGGCAGCAGCUUCUGCCCAGGAGGGCUGUGUCCUGGCCCCUCUGUAUGGGUCAAGGCAGGGUGAUGGAGCCAUGUGCCCAGCACCAGCCCAGAGGAGCCAGAUGGCACUUGGUGAUCCCUGGCUGGUGUGAACGCACCCAAGGCUGGUCCUCCCACUGCCUGUAUCCCCUGCAACAGUGCUGGGCAGGGCCCUGGCACUGACAGACCCCAUGGGGCUUCAGCCCUCUGGCUGAAGGAUGCUGCCCUGCCUGGGCAACAGUAGCGAGGGCGGGGGUACCCGAGGGACUGGGCACUGCAGGUUCCUCUUCCCGCGGUGGGAAGUGUCCAUCGCUCAGUUCCUCUCCAUGACAAACCACCAAAUCUGUGGAAAAGUUGCUUUUUCCAUUUUAGAUCACUACCUCCGUGUGGUGAUCCAGCCUCGGCAGCAGACACAUUGCCUAAGCAUGAAAAUUAGAGGCGUCUGGAUAAAUAAAGCUGCUGCUGGUGCCUUGACACCUCCAGGUUUCUCUGCUUGCAAGGGAGGAAUGUUUUGUAAAGCCAACAAUUUUGCUUCCAGUCUUUGUAUCCGCGCAGGGCACGUCUUUCCCAUGACAUGUUUUGCUGUUUACACCCCACUCCACAUAAACAACAGCUUUCUGGUGCCAUCGGCACGCUCCCGGCCCUGCCGCCUGUGCUGACAGAGCGCUGGGAGCCAGCUCCUGGUGGGAUCCCCGGCAGGGGGAAGCCAGGCACUGGCAUUGCAGGAGGAAAGAGCCCACUGGAUCGCUGCAGGAGAUUCCCUCUUCUCAGCCAGCAACUCGAAGCACGGGGCUUGGAGGAAGAACUGCAAGCUCUGGAGAAGGUCAUGGCUCCCCCUGCCCCCCUCAGCUGUUCCUGUGAGGAGCUGGCGCUGCCUCCUUCUGCCAGCCUUAUGCCAUCCUCUCCUUUGUCCUCUCUUCCCCACUGCCUUUAGGCUCUUUUCAAGGUCCCAUUAGAGCCCCUACUCCUUGGGUUCCUGCCUCUCUUCCCAAGUGGAUCUUUCCCGUCUUGCCUCCUUCAUUGCUCCCAAGCUCUCCUGUCUCCUGCUGGCCUGGGAUUUACCAAAACAGCUGGAGACCCCACUGUCUUGCCUGACAUUAACCCUGAAGGAUUCCCAGCGUUCUGUGCCUCCCAGGCCACUUGCAGCUCAUUGCAGCUCCUGUGUGCUGGUUUGCCCAGGGCAGUUUCUCCAGUAUGGCCCUGGUAGCCUGUCCUGCUCCUCCAUGCCCAGAGCAGCACCCAGCUCAUGGGACCACGGGGCUGUGGCCAGCAGCAGUCAUGACACAAACACCAUGGAAGGGAUUUGGAGCCUGUCUGCAGCCCUCAGCCCUUUUGCCUUGCUUCCUUUCCAAGGGACUGAUCACCCCAUACCAUGAACUAGCAGCAGCAGGAUCCAGUGCCAGGAGCUCCUAGCUCUGUGGGUUUUCCAUGGAGGACCUGGACCAGGGCUCAUCCCAAGCACAGGCAGCUGCCAGGCAGGCAGAGCGAAAGCUGCACAAGUGUAGGGAUCAGGAGAUUAUUACAGAAAUACACAGCGUUCGUGCCAGGAGCACAUGAAACCUAAAGAAAAAGAGAAGCAAUAAAAUGCACGCUGGAAAUAGCAAAUAAGAUUAAAGGUGGUGUCCUGCCCGUGAUGUCUCCAGGUUGUAGGCAGAAGAGAACAAGGUUAGAAUUCAUUUCCAGAGCCAAAGAAAGCCCUCAGGGCCAAAGUGUCACUGUUAAUCUGUUUUUCUGUGUCUAAUAUGUAUGUCAUUAACAACCUUUCGUUUCUGGGCUGAAAACUGCCACCCCCCCUUGUGCGGAGGCUGGGCAGUGCGUGUAUGUGGACAGGGGGAUCCUCAGUGCUGUGGGGCAACCAGGGCUGAGCUGCUUCAGCCUCAUGGCCCUGGAGAGGUCCUGAAACAGGCACAGCAUUUCAGGGUCUGCUGCUCAAGUGCCUCCCUAUUCUCCCUGUCUUGGCAGAAAACUUGGAGCUGGAAAAAGGACAUUUUGGCAUUUUGCAGUAGGACAGUGGAAGAGAGGGAUGUGGCUGGGCCAGACCCAAGGGCAGCAGUGAGGGACAAGGAGGGUGCAGGGAUGGAACUCGGAGCUAAUGGUGCUCAGAGAACUGCUGCACGUGCCCAGGACACUGUGGAUAUUGUGAGGGGGCACGUGCCAGCAGGACUCAGCCAUUCCCAAGCACUGUGAGCACGCUGGGUGUGCAUCCUCACUCCCAAAGGCUCCACCAUCACUGCAGCAGCCGUCAGCACUCAUGUGGUUCUCCCUCCCUCCCUCUGUCCCUCCCUCUCCUUUGGUGUAACCCUCACACCAUCCUGGCCUAGUGAGAGCCACAGGCUUGGUGCAGAGGAGGGAGGUGAUGCUCAGUCCCAUCAGCUAAUGGUGCUUCAACUGCCCUGGCCCCAGAGCUCCUUCUGAGGGCUGAUCCUGGCUCCUGCAGCCCCUUGGCUCAUCCCCACCCAACCCAACACUGGCUGGCAGAUCUCCCAGUGCUGCAGUGUGGGGUCUCCCAAGGGCAGUGGAGUCCUAAAGUGCCCAUCAGACAGCAGAGUGGAAGCACAGGCUUUGGAGCUGCCUUGAAUUGAGUCUGAACUCUUGUUAAGCCUUGUUAAUCAGUUGUAAAUGCACUGUAUUCCCAAUAAGGCCAGAAACAAUAAAUUUAAUUUUGACUCUGA